ACAGCCCUUGGUUGAAACAUAGAAAUCAAAACAAACCCUUGGACCUCGGGACGGAGCAGUGCAUAACGAGAUCCUGACAAAUAAACAACUUCGAAAUAUCAACUGGCAAACGAACAAAUAGUGAAGGAACAUUAGACAUGGCUACAGGAGCCAAUUUCGUCCUCGGUCUGGAUUUAGGAACGACUUCGGUAAAAGUUUGCGUCGUAGAUAUCCAAUCGCGCAAAGUGGUUGCCAAACAAAGUAAGGAUACGCAGGCCGGCGAAGGAGCAGAACAGGACGUUUCCAAAAUAAUAUCGGCCGUUCAUAAUUGCAUUGGACGGAUUCCGAGAGAUUUACUAAAAAAUGUUACAAGUAUUGGUGUUUGUGGCCAGAUGCAUGGUGUUUUGCUGUGGAAUCGAGAAACUGCUUGGAACACAUCUACUACAAAUGACCGCUUUGAGUUGGGUAAGGGUCAGAUUACCUCAUUGUAUACAUGGCAAGAUUCAAGGUGCACAUUGGAAUUCCUAAGUGAAAUACCCAAACCUGACUCUCAUUUAAGAAUUGCAUCGGGAUAUGGAUGUGCCACACUUUUAUGGAAGUUGAAACAUGAACCAGAAGAACUUUCCCUUUACAGCUGUGCAGGAACCAUACAAGACUUUCUUGUAGCCAUGUUGUGUGACUUGGACAGCCCAGUCAUGUCCAUCCAAAAUGCUGCCAGCUGGGGAUACUUUAGUACCCAAGAAAACACAUGGAAUCUGGAUAUCUUGAAAUCAGUUGACUUUCCCAUCCAUCUUCUACCCAAAGUAGUUGAUCCUGGUUCGGUAGCGGGUACCUUGUCGAAAGCUUGGUACGGUAUCCCUCGUGGAACAGAAGUGCUGACGGCUUUAGGAGACAUGCAAUGCUCAGUUUUGUCUACACUUGUUAGCGAGACUGCUUGCACUGCAGUUUUAAACAUCUCAACCUCUGCUCAAUUAUCAUUCCCCAUGCCAGCUGAUUUUACCCCACCAAAUACUCAGUCCUCUAUUGAAUAUUUUCCCUACUUUGACGAUCGCUAUCUUGCGGUUGCUGCCUCUCUUAAUGGCGGUAACGUGAUGGCAGCCUUUAUCCGAAUGUUACAAUCUUGGAUGCAAGACUUGGGUUUUGGAGUUCCUCAAAGCUUAAUAUGGGAUAAAAUGUUAACUCUGGUGAAGCACGCUAAUUCAGCGGAACAGAGCAUGACUAUUAUUCCGACCCUAUUUGGUGAACGUCAUCUUUCUGCUGUGCCAGCUGCUGAAGUGUUCAACAUAAACUCUGGGAAUAUUAGCCUUGGUAACGUAGCGAAGGCACUCUUUGAAGGACUUAUCACCAACUUACACAACAUGAUGUCUACUACACUGUUGGAACAAUAUGGAGUGACACAGUUAGUUGGGACAGGAUCUGCGCUUAGUCGUAAUCAACCUCUUCAACAACAAGUAGCCGCCCAGUAUAAAAACAUUCCAUUUAAAACUGUUCAAGAAGGAGAUGCAUCUUACGGAGCAGCUUUGGCAACGUUGGCGCCAAUGUCCCCUAAUUGAUAGAAUCGUAUCAAUAUUUUUCCAUAGUCCUUUUCGACAUACUUUACUUGCCAUUCUUUGCCAAAAUAGUUAACAGAUAUUACUAGGAUAAUCUAGCAUAAAUUAGCUUCGCACUAAGUCAUUCACGCGCAACUUCGACUCAGCUGCACUCGCCAAAAAUUUAGUAUUAAAUUGCGUUUAGUAUUAUAAGACUAUGUUGGUGUUUUUUUUUUAUGUACAUUUUUUUGCUCUUAAAAAUAAAUACGUCUGUCUAGA